AUGUGUGACCAGACGUUCGUGGCGGCCACUUUUGGCCCGUGCGACAACUGCACUACUGCCAGUCCUCUGAUGAACAUCUACAUCAAGAACGAGGCCAUCAACUACUGCUCCUUCUGCGUGGAAGUGAUGGCCUGUCAGGGGCUGCAGAAAGGAGAAAGUCUGGCGAAUCUGAAGAGAGAAUGCGAGAGUCUGAAGAAGAAGCUGGAGGAGGAGCGAGGAAAGCUGAACGACGUGGAGCUGCACCAGGUGGCGGAGAAGGUGGAGGUGGUGGGUGCUCUGUCCAUAAAGACCAGGCGGGUGCUGAAGGGUCACGGGAACAAGGUGCUGUGUAUGGACUGGUGCAAAGACAAACGUCGCCUGGUCAGCUCUUCACAGGAUGGAAAAGUGAUCGUCUGGGAUGGAUUCACUCUCAAUAAGGAGCAUGGGAUGACUAUGCCGACUACGUGGGUCAUGGCGUGUGCUUAUGCUCCCUCCGGUUGUGCUGUAGCAUGUGGCGGAUUGGAUAACAAAUGCUCAGUGAUCCCGCUGUCACUGGACAGUAAUGAGAACCUCGCUGCGAAGAAGAAAACGGUCGCCAUGCACACCAACUACAUAUCCGGAUGCACCUUCACCAACUCCGACAUGCAGCUCCUGUCCAGCAGUGGCGACGGCACAUGCGCCCUGUGGGACGUGGAGAGCGGGCAGCUGCUGCAGAGCUUCCACGGUCACACAGCCGAUGUCCUGUCGCUGGACCUCGCUCCGUCUGAGACCGGAAACACUUUUGUCUCUGGGGGCUGUGAUAAGAAGGCCAAUGUGUGGGACAUGCGCUCCGGACAGAACAUUCAGUCGUUUGAGUGCCACGAGUCCGACAUCAACUGUGUAAAGUACUACCCCAGUGGAGACGCAUUUGCAUCUGCGUCUGACGAUGCCACGUGUCGUUUCUUUGACUUGCGAGCUGACCGUGAAGUCGCCGUCUUCCAGAAGGACAGCAUCAUAUUUGGUGCUUCCACCGUGGACUUCUCUCUGAGCGGUCGCCUGCUUUUUGCUGGGUAUAAUGACUACACAAUGAACGUGUGGGACGUUUUGAAGGGGAAUCGUGUUUCCAUCCUGUUUGGCCACGAGAACCGCAUCAGCAGAGUCAGAGUGUCCCCUGAUGGCACGGCGCUCUGCUCGGCCUCCUGGGACAACACCUUACGGAUUUGGGCCUAGAGUCUUCAUCGUGGUUUUGUCCCAUUGAAGACGGAAGCUUUCAGUGACGGCCAGCGCUGACGGACCCUGCUGGGAAUCAGGAGUGUGUUCAAACACAUCCUUCAGUCUGACAAACACACAGGAGCACAAACGUGUCUGAAUGAGAAUGUAUCAUAAUAUCAUAACCAUAGAGUGGAUAUUUACUCACACUGAAAGUUGAACAAGUUUGGAUUACCAGUCUUUGUUAUUGCUAGCUUGAUGACUGAUACUGUGUAAUUAUUAGUGCUGUUACUAACAUAGUGAGAAAUAACGACGUGUAAAGAGCCAAACUGACCUGUAGAGAUCAUCAGCAUGACUAACUUGCCAUCUGCAGACAACAUCAGCGAUUGUCUUGUACAUGAUGCACACUAGUCGACUGUCCCUAGCCUUGAGAGAGCCACACCUGCCCAGAGCCCUGCUGUAGGUGUGCACACUGUUACUACCACUACUGUCCUUGCAUGCGUUAUUUAAACGAAGACAGCGUUACAUGUAACCACGAUUUCUUUUCUUAUUUCAAAACACAUAAAGCUCGACAGCUUAGAGCGAUUUCUUGUGAGGAAAAUAAAGAUUUUGAGUACUUUU